AAUCAGUUAUCAAUAGGAGCUUCACCAACAUCUGAAAUGACAGGUUUCUACAGGGCACCUUGCUACAUAUGCAACUUUCUUAAUUAACGCCUACAUCUGCCUGAUUCAAACUAAGGAUCUCAAAAUGUUUUCACUAAAUCAGUAUUUUCCUUCUACCCAAUUUCUCUGCAUCAAUUACUGAUGAAAUGAUAAAUUGUGGGGGGAGGGGGGACGAGAAAGUUAACCCCUUUGCUUUGAAAAAAAAAAAGUAUAAGACGCAAAUAAGUCUUCAGAAAACUCUCCUCCACGCAAGUUACAGCUUUUAAAGGCGAGCGCCUUUUUCAGUUCAACGUUUUCAGAAUUUUCUUAGGGCUUCGUUGAACUAGGGGAUAAAAGGAAAACUACAUUACCCACAAUCCCUUGCCCUCACGGAAACUUUGAGAAUGCAGCUCGGGUUUCCACAACUUUGUGGUUUCCCUCGCUUGCGAAGAUAGCGAUUAUUUCCGAUGCAACCCAGAAGUGGAGCGGCAGAGCUCCCCGGAGGCGGGAUGGCGGCUCGGACCGCGCUGCUCUUUCUCCUGGGAGCGGCGGGAGUGGGUCCAGUGCCCUCCCAAGGCUCGCCGGGGGACCGAGAGCCCGUCUACCGUGAUUGCGUGGCUCACUGCGAGAGGCGCAACUGCUCUGAGGCCGGGCUGCGGCACUUCCGCUCCCGCCAGCCACUCUACAUGAGCCUCACAGUGAAUCUAUGCUCAGACCAAUUUUUUCUUGCACUUUUCCUUCAGGUGUCUUUAAAUGCCUGGUUCUGGUCCAUGGUUUUUCAUACCCGAGAAACAAAUCUGACUGAGAAAAUGGACUAUUUCUGUGCAUCAGCUGUCAUCCUUUACUCUGUGUACUUGUGUUGUGUCAGAACUCUAGGGCUGAAACGUCCGGCUUUUGCCACUGCCUUUGGGGGUUUCCUGCUCCUUUUCCUGGCCUGCCAUGUUUCCUAUCUGACCCUUGUGCGCUUUGAUUAUGGUUACAAUAUGGCUGCCAAUGUGGCAAUUGGCCUUCUCAAUCUCUUCUGGUGGCUGGGUUGGUGUAUGCAGAACCAGCAACGCCUGCCCUAUGUCUGGAAGUGUGUGGCCGUUGUCCUGCUUCUCCAGGCCUUGGCUCUUCUGGAACUCCUGGAUUUUCCACCCCUGUUCUGGGUCUUUGAUGCCCAUGCCAUCUGGCAUAUCAGUACUAUCCCUGUCAAUAUCCUUUUCUACAGUUUCCUCGUCGAUGACAGUCUUUAUCUCCUGAAGGCCAACUCUCAGAUUCUUAAAAUAGACUAAAACCUGUGGCAGAGACUAACUUGGAAAAAGCCAUGGGCUGCCAUCUAUAAAAGACACCCGGUUGCUUUGAUUUCUAGCAUCUGAGGAGUUUGAUGUUCUAAGCCCUCUUUGCUCUGACGAUUGGUGACAAUUUCCUCUCUAUUGCUUCUGUUUUUACAUCUCAACAGCUCCCCUUUCAGAAUUCUGUUGCCAUAGUGUGAUAACCUGAUUGCCUUUUUUUUGCUUGAAUGUAUCAAGACAUGCCUCUCGUCUCCCUGGGAUUAUUUUGGGUCCUUUCAUUUGCCUUCUCCAGUUCUUCCUACGCUUCUCUGAAGAGAGCAGGGAAAACUUUAUUUAUUUCAUUCGAUUUCUCUCUUCUUCUUUUUUUUCAUUUUUACAAAUGCGCUUCUGUGGGUUUUGGCUGGUCCAAUAGACUGCAUUGAAAGGACUUUGCAAGCUGCUUGGAAAAAUAAAGGGCAGCAGCAGGUCUGGUAAAUCACAAUCCAUCUUUAUGCUGCUCUUGACUUAAAGUCCAGAUUUUCAAACAAGUGGUCUUAUAAUGCUGCUUCACUGAGAAGCUCCCUGUUUUCUCAACAAGCCAUCAGGAAUUUAGCACUAUGCUCCCUACUUUCCUGUCAGUCAUGAGAAAAGUAGAAAAUGGAUUCUAUACUGCAGUGACUUUUUAAAAAAAACAAAAAUAGGUGCUGGGGUUAACUGUCUUCUUUUUCCAAAGUUUGUGUGUGUGUGU